GUACGAUCCCUGCAGACUGCGCGGGGGAAGAAGACAUCCAGCCAGCAGACAAAACCGAAAGCGAAGCGAUCGAUCAGAAGUACUGCAUGAGGGGGAAAAAAUAGUUUGUCCCCCCCCCCCCCAUCUUCGGAUACACAGGAGUGUAACAAAAUAUUCACUGUACCCUAUUUUAAACAUGAAUGGCUCGACGCACUUCGUCGCCAACGUGGUGGACAUCCAGCUCAAGCGGGGACCUUCCGGCCUGGGCUUCAACAUAGUCGGAGGAGUGGACCAGCAAUAUGUGGUCAACGACAACGGCAUCUAUGUGUGUAAAAUCAAAGAGAACGGCGCGGCAGCACUGGACGGAAGACUAGAAGAGGGAGACAAGAUCCUGGCGAUAAACGGGAACAAGCUGGAGAACUGUAACCACGGAGUGGCGGUGGACCUGUUCCGGAGCGCCGGCGAGGACAUCCUGCUGCAGGUCCAGAAGAAGCACCCGCCCCACAGGAACGGCCCCUCCAGCCCGGAUGCGGGGGGGGACUCAGCGCUGCCCGCUCUGGGCGUGCUGGUGGGGGUUCUGGGCGCGGCCGCCCUGAUGGCCCUCCUCUACCUGCGCUUCCAGCCGACCCUCCGGAGGCCCUUUUAACCAAAGACACCCCCCCACUACCGCCCCCUCUUUUAUACCCCUGGCCGAGACACUUUACCCGGACCACACGGGAAACGAUUAACACAGUAACCUAACGAGACGUAGAACCAUCCUUUGUUUGGGGGUGUUGGUAGAUAUGAAGGUAGCCGGUGCCUGCCCCUUGUUUUGCAUAUGUAUAUGUACCUGUAUUUAUGUAUAUGUUACACGCCGUAAUCGUAGAGGUGUGAUCGCCGCCGCCGCCAAACAUGGCGCCUGACGUCGUUCUACGAAGGGGAGACGACUAAUGUAGCCCAUGCACUACAAGGAUUCCUUCGUAAUUAGCGUAGGUCAAAGGUCACCGCAUAGCACCCGACAUUUCAAUGCCACCCCCCUGUGUGUGUGUGUGUGUGUGUGUGUGUGUGUGUGUGUGUGAGAUACCAAUUCACAUCACUGUUCAUCCACAGCGCCUUUUCACAUCAGUGACCAAUCACAGCCCGCAGGCGGCCAUGUUUCUCUCCCCACCCAGGUUGUGUGUGUUUAAAAAAAAAAGAAAACGGGGUGUGAUUUCCAUGUGCAUAUUUGUCAAACGAAACAACAAAAGCCAUAUAAGUGCCGCUUCAUGUAUUGCGUCAUGAGGGAAGAGAGGUGAACUGCUAUAUUUAAUGGACUCUGAUUGCCUUGUUUCCAUUCUGUACAGGUUUGUCUGGUUGGCUCAUGGGAUGCGUAGAAAUGGUCGCGUUCAAUGGAACACAGUCACUGAUGGUGUUAUUUGUUAAUUGAACCCCGUCGUUGUCUGCCGAAUAUUUUGCAUACCGACGCUAAUUGGUGGCAAUGAAGAAAGUCACGUGUUGAUUGGGUGACGGAGGUCAGGUGGUUCGAUUGAUUGACCGCAGCUAAAUACUUUAUAUUUUCACCAUUGCGGUUGGGAAACAAAAGUUCUCAAUCUAAGAAAAACACCACCGACUCGUUGUUUUGCACUAUAACCACGGUCUCAAAUCAUUCUGUCAUUGCCUAGAAAGCCCAGCGGGUGUUUUUGAUGAGGGGGUUAAUUGCCAUGAUUGCUUUUGUUCAUGAUCAGUCAGUGUGAGGUGGAUGUCUUGGGUUUAACAUAGCUCUAGUGUGUAAAUACAUUUCGUUUGGCCGUGCUGGAUGAGAUAGUGAGUAUGUAAACGUAUGCCAGGAUGAAAGAUCAGAAUCAUUAAAUUAUGCAAAUACUAUGUGUUUGAGGACCAAGCACCUAUUAAAAUUCAUGUUGAAUUCUC